GAACCUUACGAUUUUAAGUCCCUCUAGUAACCCAAUGACCAGGUCGGAUCGACCGCCUUUGUAGAUUUACAUUAAAUAUUUUAAUCUUUAUUAUACAAUGAUAUGGGCCACGAGUAAUUAUAUUCAACUUUUUCAAGCGUCUGAGUCUUUAUAUAGAAUACAAAUAAUUAAGGGUGUGUUUUCCAAUACACCGAAACGAAACGUGUGAAAGAAGAAUGUCUUGUUCCUGGCGGGAUAUUUUAAUUGAUUUUCUUCUCUGAGUAAAUCGGUUUUCCUUUUACAAUGGAUUUGUAAUUUCCCCCCGAGAAAUUACAGGAGUUAAAUGGUUUAGAUUUGGGAAAUGCCCAAUAUUCCUUCAAAUAUAUUUAACCUUUGUUUUGUAUGGUGAUCAAUCCAAGGUUUUAUUUACGUUAGCAUCGCACCGAAAUGUACACGAGAUUAACGUAACUUUAAAACACAUACAUAUGCACGAAAUAUUAAAACUUGUCACACGUAUGGGGUUUAAAAACGACUGCAUAUGAAUCAGAGUUAAAAGAAUACGAGUUUAAUAAAAAUAAAGUUCAGAACAAUUGAAAAGUUCUACGGUCAAACCAGCGUUCGUUGUAUUGGUGUAUUAAACACUUAUUUUUUAAGCAGCGGUCAUUAUGGUUUAAAGGCCGAUUGAAAUGUACACGGAUUGAUUUCAGUAAUCGUCUUGAGAGACUUUUAUACUUGACCCUGCAUCUUGUUCUAGAACUUCAACAUGCCACCAAAAGGAUAAAGAUGGAAAACAAGUAUUUCCCAAGGAAAGAUGAAACCGUGUGAAUUGACUUUAAUUUAUAUCGAUGGAUUUGAUUUUUGAUUUGUGUAUUGAGUGUGAAACAAUAGACAAGGUCUCUUUGACAAAGAGGAAUUGUGUUUCUAUCACUUCGUAGUUAAAAUUCCAUUGUUAGUCCCUGUAUGAGAGACGAUUUUUAUCUCCGAUAUGAACGAGAUGCUCUUUAAAUUAUGGCCCGCCAGUCCCUUGACAGACGGGUGUUAGGAAGGAGAGAGAGACCUCUAGCUCUUGUUCGGAAAACUCCAAAGUUUCAGCGACUGAAUGGAUGGGAUCUACCGUAUGAAAAUGAAUCUCUUGAUAUCGUGGCUUGGACAAGUUUACAAACUGCCCUACACUCAAAGAAAGACCGAAAGAAGUCAAAAAUAUCAACAGAAGACUUAACUUACAGACAUGUACCAAACUACCGGUGUUCAGCUCUGGAAAACUCGACAGAGUUCGAAAGACAUAGUCUUCACGCCAGACUCUUCAUAAAAGAGAAGUCUUUGUCGGAGCAGACGAUAGUUAAACCCAUAAGGCGGUCAAAAACUACACUUACACUCACCAAUGUACGCUCAACCAAUACUUUUCAACAGAGAAUUGGUGAAGUGCCAGAGGAAAACUUUCAAGAAACAAAAGCAAAAGAUGACAUUGAUGUUCUUAGCCGAGUUAUUGAAAAAGAGGUGGAAAGAAAAGAUGAAAAUAUUAUAAAACGAAGCAAAAGUGUUCCGGUCCCUUACAUGCCAGAACGACCUGAGAAUGCCCCAUCUUUCCGUCGUUUGUUGUAUUACGCGCGGAAAUAUGGAUCAAACGAUGACGGGGUCUUAGAUGAGGAGGACGAGGGUUAUGGAUCGAAAACCCCGAGUGCUGAGGACAAAGACGUAACAAGCUUGUUUGAUGGUUUUUCAGGGCGACGUUUUCUAGAAAAACCAUUGGACAGUGACGGAAAUGCGGAGAGGAAGUUUGCAAAAUUCUCAUAUACGCAUCAAAUACCAAAGGCAACAUCUCUUUUUGAAGAGUCAGAGGACGAGAAAGCUCGAAAGAAUAGUGAACGUGACGUUAGGUUGUACAAAAAUGGAUACAUAGAAGAGAGAGAUAAAUCCACGGUUAGGAAAAUGUUAAAUAGGUCUCAUACUAGUAUUGGUCAUUAUGAGAGUAGUACGUUUUGUGCUAUUGAGGACUUAAAACCAGCCAUUGUCCUCAGAAAAAUUUCGAUCCAAAACGCACAGGAAGAUAAAGCAUCUUCUAGUGAACAACCAAACAGUCAAACUGAAAAGAAAUCUUUCUAUGAGCCCCAUAAAACUAUAGUGAGACAAAAUUCUUUUGCUCAGAAUCAAAGUGAUAGAGCACAGUACCCGGUGUAUUGCACUAGCCCUGAGUUUAAAUUUGCACAUUUGCCACAGCAAAGGCCGUCAUCGAAAAAACAGCAAAGAGAAAGUAAUCCAUCAUCUAAUGGCAAGAAAAGCAAAAUUGAGUCUGCAAGAAAAUUGAGGACGCCUAAUUUAGACUUGUAUAGGGCUCACACGAGUGUUUGCAUGCCGAUUGGAGACUUGUUACCGGCUGUUGAUAGAAGUCUUCGCAAAGGAAACGCUUCUAAAUCAAAACAAAAUGCUCAAAUUUCACAAUCCAUGCCGGACUCAUUGGACACAAUUUUAUCUGUUCGCAAAUCGUACGAUGAAGUACAGCAAGCGGGUCUAGAUUAUAUAAUGAACAAGCAAAGCAAGGGAAUGGUAACACCCACUUUCCGAAAUUCAAACUCGACGACAAGUUUAGAUUCAUCGACAACCAUCAAAUCAACGUCAGAUAAAGGUGGAAAAGGUCAAUACAAUACACCACCCAGAAUAAGCCUAGAUGACUUUGCAUCAGUUUCCUCCCUUUCCACAUCCAGAGAGGAGGCCAAGCCAAAACAAAACACGACAAACGCUACCAACACCAAGACGAGAGAAGGGGUACCCUCUUUGGCACUAAGCAUGUCGGGUAUUGAUAUUGAAAUAAAACAAGGAAUCCUUGAUAAAAACAUCAAUGCCAUCGGGAAGGUUCGCUUUACCGCCCAUCCCGACAAAGACACGAAAAAGAAACUUCGUGACGCCUUCUCCAGAUUUUACAAUAAACAGCCCUACGGGGCUAGUCCUUCAAACAAAAACUGGACGGAGGAGUUGAAAUUCAUGUGGAACAAAUAACUUCAUCAACGUUAUAAAUGUCUUUCAUUUUUUGAAUCUCGAAUUUAUUUACAUAUUAUAUUUAUAAUUUAUUUUUAGUAUGUAUGAGCGGAAGGCUCAAGAGAGCUUUUUUGAUCACAGUUUGCCUGGCAUUCAUAUUUCAGUCCGUCUGUCUGCAAACGGUUCACAUUUUAAAUUCUUCUUAAGAACUGCUUGGCCAUUUUCAAUCAAACUUAACAAAAACUAUUCUUGGGUAAAGAGGAUUCAAGUUUGUUUAAAUGAAGAUCUACGUCUAUUUCAUGGGGAGAUAAUUACGAAUUAGUUAAAAGCUAAAGACUUUUUUCUUGAAAAUAUUCAACUCAAGAACCACUGGACUAGAAAAUGAAAAAAAACGUGUAAAUUAUCCUAAGAUAGUUACGUCUGUUCAAAUCAAUUUAAUUUCAAUCUUAGAAACCUUCCUGAAUUAGUUACCAAUUUAUUCUUCAUUUAAUAAUGAACAAUUUUAAUACUUGAUAUGAAUCGAUUAUUAAAGAAUAACAAAUCAUCUAAUUGUACCAAUAACCGAUUAUGAAAAAAAAAAACAUAACCCAUAACCAACCAUAAAUUGCGAUCAACGUGAUACAUUAGUAUUCAGAGGGAAAAUCAUUAAAAAAUUCUCAAAAACAGUCACGUCAAUAUAGAAGUGUCCUCGGGUAGUGUAGAAUUACGUUGUUCAUAUCAUUUCCUCUCAAAUCCAGUUUUCCAUUUAAACUUUUCAGUACUGAAUAUAUUUCUGAUUUUUCCCUUUCCAAAGUACUAGCAUUCAAGGCCACGAAAGAUAAAACCUGAUAAAAUUGAAUCAGAUUAUUAAUUCAUUUGAGAAUAUUGCUAGAAAUGACAAAUGUUUGUGAUCGAUAGUUUUCCUAAAGUUAAUAGAGACAUUUUUUUUACACUUUUCUGACCGGCGUCAGACUUUUCAUUCAAAGUAUAAAAAAUCAGGAUUCCGUCUUAAAUGGUAUCUAUCAGGUAUUUUCUGCUCUUUAUAAAUAUAAAAUUUGAUAUUUUUUUCGAUUUGCAAUUUUUUAAGAACUUUAAUUUGAUGAAACCAUGAUCCAUUUUUUGUAUGAUGACAAUAUUGGUGCUACUGUAGGGUAUCCACAUCUCGCUUUGAUCGCCAUCGUUUAGAAAUACAAUGUAGAUGAGCACA